GAGUUUGAUACAGAACUAGAUGCGGAUGCCGGAACACACGCCAGCUCCAACACCCCAUAGAGCGGUAUAUGGUUACGCUUUCUAUUUGUUGACGUUAACAUUAUUUGUACUGUAUGUAUUGUGGGCGCUAAUGCCCACAAAAUCGCUGGGAUUAUCUUAUCUGCCUGACAAAUAUUUUGCUGUGCUUUUGCCUAUGCUGGUGUUGGUUGGUUUAUCAUUCUUUGCUUUUUUUCUAUAUCCAGCGAUUAACAUGUCUUUAACCGCCGAUAAAGACGAAAUGGCUUCCAUUGUGGAUGUUAGCUUGCUAUUAAAAGAUGGUGAGCAAACCAGCAUGAAUUCUUGGGAGGAAAUACAAGAAAAACUAAAGCCUGCGAAGAGGAAUGUUAAGAACGCUGGCACAGUUAUAGAAAAGUGUCAGUUUUGUUCUGGUCAUCAUCAACUUCCGAAAGCGUCUGAGCAAAUAGAUACAGUGCAUUUUAUAGAUUUGACUGAAAUCAACAAUUGCUUAUUUAAUUGAACACUUAUUCGUUAUUUCACAUAAAAAUACGCUAAUAUUUGAUCUGAAAUAAUAAACACAUUAUUUU